AUGGACAGCAGUUGUGGCUACGAUUACUUAGAGAUUGAAGGUCCAGCAACUACUACCAGAAAAAUAUGUGGCCAACAGUUUUCUAAUCCUCUCAUCACAUUUAACGAUACCAGUUUCAACAUCACUUUCUCUUCCGAUGAUGAGGGGGUACACAAUGGAUUUGUGUUUAGCGUGGUCCUAGACAAGCCAUGCACUGUUGAUACUCCAACGAUGCUUACAGCCGACACAAAUGUGAAAAGUUUCAACUCUAUAUAUUAUCCUAACAACUACACGUGGAACAGACAGACGGGUAACUACACAUGUGAAUGGCACAUUGAGGCUAGUGACGGUAUUGCUGGGAUUCUAUUGUACCUAGACUUAGGCGGACUAAGUAGUGGAACCACUCUAAAUGUUUACCAAGGAUGUGACAAUAAUGGAGUUAAACUCUAUCCCCCGUCUGACGUAGAUCCGGAUGUGGCAACGCCGCCAGUUCAGAGAGAAGUUGGCACCGGAAAUUCAACAUUCGUAGAGUUUUCUGUCGGAUCGGCAGGAGGACUAGGUUUUCAGAUACAGUAUUUAUCGGUAGCCGCUACUGAUAAUUCGGCAGCGUGCACUGCGUCAGCAUCCUCUCCGGCGACUUUAGAGGCAAACGACACGCUUCAGUACCUGACCAGUUCUAAUUUCCCAGAUGUUUACCCAUCAUCAUUGGAAUGUCACUGGAACAUAACAGAUGGCGGUACCAACAGAGGGGUGAUUUUGACAGUAGAGUUUAACCACUUUGCUACCUCGUGUCAGGAUUAUCUAAUGAUCAGUGGAGGUUCCGAUACGACAGGCACUAAAGUGUGUAGCGACAAUUUCAAUACUUCAGCGAUGGUUUUCAAAAACACAUCUUUUCAAUUAAUGUUUAAUUCUGAUGAAUUUAGCAACGCUAGUGGAUUUGUAUUAAGUUAUAUCCUUGAUGCGCCGUGUAAGGGAGCAGUGACUAUGAUAAAGCCAGAACUUCCUAUAAUGACGAUCUCCUCGCCUGGAUAUCCUUCAUUUUAUCCCGGAGUUGGAAGAAGCGGUGGUUAUGUCUGUAAGUGGCACAUUGAAGCUGAAACCAACGACACAGGAAUUUUAAUCAAAUACGCAUUUGAUGCACUUCAAGCUGGUGAUAAUCUGGCUCUGUACGAAGGAUGUGAUAACAGUGGAGUACAGAAAUCCAUACCCAACAACGACAUCAGAUUUCGACGAAAUGGGAAUAGUGGCGUGUUAUCGUUUAUCGGUUCAGCAUAUAUCGAGUUUACUGUGACAUCGUCUACUGGUGAUUCAGGACUGCAAAUGUUUAUGACAGCACAAAAACCUAGCGACAACACGGAAGCAUGUAGUUCCAAUGGUACAGUUGUAGUAGCCACUAAGGAUGUCCAAUAUUUUACCAGUGCAGACUUUCCUAAUCAAUAUAAAAAAAACGACAAAUGCAAAUGGUAUAUUUCUGGUGGAAAUUCCGGAGAAACUGUGAUUUUAACUAUCGAGUUCUACGACAUAGAACAUGACAGCAGUUGUGGCUACGAUUACUUAGAGAUUGAAGGUCCAGCAACUACUACCAGAAAAAUAUGUGGCCAACAGUUUUCUAAUCCUCUCAUCACAUUUAACGAUACCAGUUUCAACAUCACUUUCUCUUCCGAUGAUGAGGGGGUACACAAUGGAUUUGUGUUUAGCGUGGUCCUAGACAAGCCAUGCACUGUUGAUACUCCAACGAUGCUUACAGCCGACACAAAUGUGAAAAGUUUCAACUCUAUAUAUUAUCCUAACAACUACACGUGGAACAGACAGACGGGUAACUACACAUGUGAAUGGCACAUUGAGGCUAAUGACGGUAUUGCUGGGAUUCUAUUGUACCUAGACUUAGGCGGACUAAGUAGUGGAACCACUCUAAAUGUUUACCAAGGAUGUGACAAUAAUGGAGUUAAACUCUAUCCCCCGUCUGACGUAGAUCCGGAUGUGGCAACGCCGCCAGUUCAGAGAGAAGUUGGCACCGGGAAUUCAACAUUCGUAGAGUUUUCUGUCGGAUCGGCAGGAGGACUAGGUUUUCAGAUACAGUAUUUAUCGGUAGCCGCUACUGAUAAUUCGGCAGCGUGCACUGCGUCAGCAUCCUCUCCGGCGACUUUAGAGGCAAACGACACGCUUCAGUACCUGACCAGUUCUAAUUUCCCAGAUGUUUACCCAUCAUCAUUGGAAUGUCACUGGAACAUAACAGAUGGCGGUACCAACAGAGGGGUGAUUUUGACAGUAGAGUUUAACCACUUUGCUACCUCGUGUCAGGAUUAUCUAAUGAUCAGUGGAGGUUCCGAUACGACAGGCACUAAAGUGUGUAGCGACAAUUUCAAUACUUCAGCGAUGGUUUUCAACAACACAUCUUUUCAAUUAAUGUUUAAUUCUGAUGAAUUUAGCAACGCUAGUGGAUUUGUAUUAAGUUAUAUCCUUGAUGCGCCGUGUAAGGGAGCAGUGACUAUGAUAAAGCCAGAACUUCCUAUAAUGACGAUCUCCUCGCCUGGAUAUCCUUCAUUUUAUCCCGGAGUUGGAAGAAGCGGUGGUUAUGUCUGUAAGUGGCACAUUGAAGCUGAAACCAACGACACAGGAAUUCUAAUCAAAUACGCAUUUGAUGCACUUCAAGCUGGUGAUAAUCUCGCUAUGUACGAAGGAUGUGAUAACAGUGGAGUACAGAAAUCCAUACCCAACAACGACAUCAGAUUUCGACGAAAUGGGAAUAGUGGCGUGUUAUCGUUUAUCGGUUCAGCAUAUAUCGAGUUUAAUGUGACAUCGUCUACUGGUGAUUCAGGACUGCAAAUGUUUAUGACAGCACAAAAACCUAGCGACAACACGGAAGCAUGUAGUUCCAGUGGUACAGUGGUAGUAGCCACUAAGGAUGUCCAAUAUUUUACCAGUACAGAUUUUCCUAAUCAAUAUAAAAAAAACGAAGACUGCAAGUGGUAUAUUACUGGUGGAAAUUCCGGAGAAACUGUUAUUUUAACGAUCGAGUUCUACGACAUAGAGCGUGACAGCAGUUGUGGCUACGAUUACUUAAAGAUUGAAGGUCCAGCAACUAAAACCGAAACAAUAUGUGGCCAACAGUUUUCUAAUCCUCUCAUCACAUUUAACGAUACCAGUUUCAACAUCACUUUCUCUUCCGAUGAUGAGGGGGUACACAAUGGAUUUGUGUUUAGCGUGGUCCUAGACAAACCAUGCACAGCCGAUACUCCAACGAUGCUUACAGCGGACAUAAAUGUGAAAAGUUUCAACUCUAUAUAUUAUCCUGACAGCUACACAUGGAACAGACAGACAGGAAACUACAAAUGUGAAUGGCACAUUGAGGCUGGUGACGGCGCGGCUGGGAUCUUACUUGACGUAGACAUGGGAGGACUAAGUAUCGGCACACAUCUAAACAUACAUGAAGGAUGCGGCAACACUGGAACGAGGCUCUAUCCGGCUGCAAAUGCACAAGUUACAACAGCAGAGCGGAUACAGAUCGCCACAGGGAACUCUACAUUCAUUGAAUUCAUUGUCGGAUCAGCAGGAGGUCAAGGGUUUCAGAUAAAAUAUCUGUCAAUUACUGCUACUGAUAAUAGCGUAGCAUGUUCUGGUAUCGCUGUCGGCAAAUUAAACGCAACAGACUCUUUACAAUACAUUACAAGCAGUGAUUUCCCUCAACUGUAUCCUAGAGACUUAUCCUGCAAAUGGGAAAUCAACGAUGGAGCCUCUGGUAGGGGUGUUUUCCUUAACCUCCUUCUGUACCACAUUGAGUGUGCGAAUGACAAACUGGAUUUAACAGAUGGCGAUGGGACGACAACAACAAAGUGUAGCGACGAGCUCAUUUUGUCUCCUGAGAAUUUUACAAGUAGUAGUUUUGUUUUGGAUUUCCUUUCCAACGCUGCUGUACAAAAACAUGGAUUUGUUUUAAGUUACAUACUAGGCCCGCCAUGCACUGGAAAUGAAAUCCGGCUGGUGGCAAGUGAAAACAUCCAGGAAUUUUCCUCCCCUUUGUAUCCAGUCAAUUAUCCAAGUGCAAUUCCUAUCGGACCAUAUAUAUGUAUCUGGCGCAUUGAAUCAUCUGACAACGUCGCAAAGAUACUGUUAACCGUCGAAAUACAGAAUUUGACUGACGGGAAUACUUUGGAGAUUUUAGAAGGUAGCCUUGGGGUUACUAGACUGACCUCACCGUUGGAGACAGGAGUGUCUCCAGGAAUGUCUGCAGUGGUCCGAUUCUCUGUUACGACUUCCGGAAGUAGUGGGUUCAUCAUAAAAUACAUGGAACAGCGACCUAUCGAUACUACACAGGCCUGCAGCGCUUCAAACCUCCAGAUUACUGCCACGUCAAGCCCAGGUUAUCUUACAAGUCCAAACUUUCCAGAUUUGUAUCCAAAUAAUCAGCAAUGUACGUGGAAUAUCGAUGACGGUGGCACGCACAGGGGAGUCAUCCUUCAGCUCCUUCUUUAUGAGAUCCAGAAUUCAACAAAUUGUCAAAAAGAUGAGCUUGCAAUACGAGCAGGGCCAACAAAAGACGAGACAAAGGUUUGCUUCGACACAUUAGUAACAACAACUCAAAAUUUUACUGAUAGCAGUUUUGAAAUUUACUUCAAGACUGAUUCAACUGUCACAAAACAUGGAUUUCAACUACGGCAUAUCGUGGGUGCCCCCUGCAAUGAUUCUGUUAUUGAACUCAACUCCGUCUCGGAAUUAAAGCAAUUUGUAUCUCCUGAAUAUCCUGCGUAUCCAGGAUCAUUGUACACGGGACCGUACACGUGCUACUUUGUUAUUACACCCCAGAACGGUGCUGACGGAAACCUCAUGUCCCUUAACCUAUCUGGAAUCGACGCUGCUGACAAUAUAGUGAUAUAUGAUGGAAGGAAUAGUUCUGGGAUUAAGCUUUUCCCAAGCAACCGCAAGAAACGUUCAACUGGUAUCACAAACCAGGUCUUGGUACGCAAUUCUGGAUCUAGUGCAUUCAUAGAAUUUACUGUAAAUAGCCCGAUGGGAUCAACUGGAUUUGUUGUGGACUAUGUCUCACAUCCCGUAACAAAUAAUACCGGAGCAUGCAGCACUUCUACUACUCAACUGGUUGCAACUUCUACAAUACAGUAUAUUACCAGCACCAACUUCCCGGCCAUUUAUCGCAGUGACCAAAACUGCACUUGGCAUAUAUCAAAUGCUAACUCGGGAAUCAAUGUUUUGUUCACGCUCAUCACCUACCAGAUUCAGGAACAGGGUUCUUCAUGUGAUGGAGAUAGGCUCAACAUUCAACAGGGCCCAGGAAGGACUCCUAACAUCAGGUGCAGUAACGCCCUAUCACUGACACCCGAAGUGUUUAAAAGUAGCAGUUUUGAUAUAGAAUUCCUAUCUGACAAUACCACGACCACGAACGAACAUGGCUUUCUCUUCAGUUAUAUUUUGGAUAUCCCGUGCAAAGGUGGACCGACACAGCUUUCGGCCGAUAUCACGUUAAGGAAUUUCAGCUCUCCGGAAUACCCAAACUAUUAUCCAAGCACUGCCUUUAUCGGGAAUUACACAUGUGAGUGGGUGAUACAAGCACAGGAACCUGGGGCUGGUAUUCUUUUACUAUUAACCAUUGACGGACUGAACGCUGGUGAUACGGUACUAGUAUAUUCAGGGACCAACGAUACCGGGACACGGCUUUAUCCGACAACAAUCAAUCUGCAAGCAAAUACCAGUGCCUCCACAUUUCAUUUUGCUCCGGGCAGUUCAGCUUUCGUAUCUUUCACAGCAACAACUACUGCCAACAUGGGAUUCAAUGCUCUUUAUAUGGCGAUAAAACCCAGUAAUACGUCCGUUGCCUGUUCUAACAACGGUUUACAGCCAUUGGUCGCCACAACAGGUGUUCAGUACAUCACAUCACCAAGUUUUCCUGAUAUAUACACUUCUGGUCUCUCGUGUCGCUGGACAAUAUCGACUGGAGGCGUGAAUGCGGAUGUUAUCAUGACAGUUACUGUGCUCCACACAGAGAGCGAUGUGUGUUCCAACGAUACUCUUGUGGUCAAAGGAGCAGGUGCUAGUGCGAAAAUUUUAUGCAGUGAGCAGGUAUCAACGACUGCUAUAGAGUACCACUACAGGAACUUCGAUAUUCAAUUCAUAACUAAUAAUGGCGAUAACAACAGAGGCUUUGUGAUCAGCUAUAUUCUCGGUCCAGAAAAAAACAAGUAUAUCUGGAGUGAGAUGCUUGCAAUAGCGAUAGCGGCUUCAGUUGGUCCAGCAGUGCUCUUUUUGGUACUCGCUAUCGUGAUAAUAGCCUACCUCAAACGAAAUAUGACUGUUCGUAAACAUCAAUCGCCAACCAGUUUGCGUUCAUAUACAAACGGUGGAUUUAUAAAUAGUCGUGCGUCCGCAAAUGGCCUCACUAAUGGAGAUUUACACAUUGUCAAAACAGAGCAGGAAACAGCGCCACCCUGGAUAAAAAUGUUUCGGUCACCAUCGCCAAGUCCGUACAGCCGCUAUGAUCGUCCGCAUAGUAAAUAACGUUGUCAUCUGAAUUUGAUAUUAAAACAAUCAGGAUUUCCUGCAGGAAAUACAAAUACGUCAUUAUACUCUGUUGGUGCCUAUGGAUUAAUCUGUAUAGUCUUAACUGCACCAAUACUUUCGCCCACUUACAGAAUAUUGUUGAAAUCCAAUGUUUACCACGAACAUUCAUUUACUCAUAUCGUAUAUGAUAAAUAUAAACGUACAAAACAAAAUAUAUAAAAAAUAUUAUUAUCAAAAUAUGUAAUCAUGGAAUGAUAUUCUGACAAUAUCAUUAAGAAAAGCAUGCAAAAUUUUGUGUGUCGAUUUUUAAAAACUAUUUAACUUGAGUUAUAAGGAUCAUGCUGUGAAACGUUUACUACCAUACCACACGUGUUCACGAAUGAUAAGAUGCAGUAGUGAAUAUGAGAUUAAGGACGUGUUAAUGAAUGGUAAAACAAAGUAAGUGUUAACGGAUGGUGAAACAAAAAAAAAAAGUGUUAACGAAGGAUUAUAUUAAGGACGUGUUAAUGGAUGGCGAAACAACGGAAGUGUUAACGGAGGAUAAGACAAAGGAAGUGUUAACGAAUGGUGAAACAAAAGAAGUGCUAACGGACGAUAAGAUGCAAUAGUUUUAACGAAGGAUGCGAUUAAGGACGUGUUAACGGACAAAGGGAUAAAGGACGUGAAAACAGACGAUGAGACCAAGGAAGUAAAAACGGACGAUGAGAUAAAGAGCAUGCUAACAGACGAUGAGACAAAUGAAGUAAAAACAGACGAUGGGAUGAAGGACGUGCUAACGGACGAUGAGACAAAUGAAGUAAAAACAGACGAUGGGAUGAAGGACGUGCUAAUGGACGAUGAUAAUAAGGGCGUGAUUGUAACCUGCUAACGAACGACGAGAUUAGAAAAUUAUAAUAAACAAAUGGAGGAUUUCAUUUCACUGUGACAUUUUGUAUGUUGGAAGUAAGGUAACACUUGCUCCAAAUUGUUUAUUGACUGACUUUAUUAUGUAAGGAGAUCGAGUAGGAGAUGUGUUCAUAAUUUAUAAAGUGUUUGAUUUUACAAAUGCUUUCUUCGCAUUACGUUUUCGCUCCCUAGAGAGCUUAAGUCUGUGUGUUCUCCGGCAUAAUUUGUAAGCAUUUUGAAAAGUAAACAACGUUAGCCGUUGUUAGCAUUGACUGGCUUUUGAAAAGGUUCAGGCAAUAAUAUUAUAAAGUGCAGUGAUUUACACCAACAUCAAAAUAUGGUGAUUUUAUUUAAGUUAUGUUCUAUACAAAAGGUUCAGUACAUCUGGCUACAACUAUAUACUGUAUUUUAUAUCAAUAACAGUAAAAUGUUAUUUUGUAAACCUUAUGAACGGAGUGAGUGCUGUUCAUUUUAUAUAAAUACCAUAUAGUCGCAGGUUUA